UUUUCGAAGAACCGACGAUUUUGUACGAUUAUUUUUUUUCCCCCUGUAAUCUUACAAUAAAAUCUCCUUUCGAAGGGCUAAUCGAGCUCAAAUCCACAAUCUCGAUCGGCGAAUUCAUAUAGAGGAUUUGGAAACCUCGGUGUUGAUAGAUCUGUAUACUUCUUCUGCGUCGUUGGAAACCCUAGCUGGAUCGUGAAGGAGAUGGUCGGGGGUGGAAGCAGGAGGGACAAUGGCCCCCUGAAGAUCGGGACCACGAACGUGUACGCGGCGCUCGAAUCCCUGAAGAAGAAGAAGAAGUCGGAUAAGGAUUCGUCCAAGAGCAAGGGCUCGUCGAAGACCCCGACGAAGGAGCCGGAGAAGCAGGUGUUCUGGGCCCCGACGCCGCUGAACGUCACCUCCUGGGCGGAUGUCGACGAUGACGACGACUACUACGCCACCACCGACCCGCCAAAGCCGGUUUGGGGCUCCUCAGACCACCAAGAGAGCAACGACACUGCGGCGGUCGGAGAGGAGGAAAGUGAAAGUGAAGAUGAUGGUCUUGAAAUUGAUGAGGGUGAUGAUGAUGCCGAGGAGGAACCUGAGCAUGAAGCUGAAGCUGCUGUCCCAGCUGAACAAGAAGUGAGUAAGGCCACCCCUGCUCCUCUGCUGGUUAAGGAUACAGAGAGGCAGCUAUCGAAGAAGGAGCUGAAGAAAAAGGGGUUGGCUGAGUUGGAUGCUGUUUUGGCUGAGCUGGGGAUUUCUACUAAUGAUAAAAAUUCUACUUUAAAAGAAGGAAAUGCCGAGACAAAACCAGUAGAGCAAAUUGAUGAUGGGGAUAAAAAGGACGAAAGCAAGAGUGCAAAGAAGAAGAAGGCUAAGAAAGAGAAAUCGUCAAAGGAAGCUAAGGAGGCCCAAGAACAGUCCGAUGGUGCGGAGAUCAAUAAAAUCCCUGAGGAGGCAACAGGUGUUGAACUUGAGGAGGACGCUGCUGCGGUUGACAUGAAAGAACGGAUAAAAAAAGUGGCAUCGAUGAAGAAGAAGAAGUCAAACAAGGAUACGGAUUCAGCGGCAAAAGCUGCUGCGGCAGAAGCUGCUGCAAGGAGUGCGAGGCUUGCUGCUGCCAAGAAGAAAGAGAAGAACCACUACAAUCAACAGCCGGUGAGGUAAGCUAAUCGCUUUUAUAUUCCCCGAUGGUGAGUUUGAUAUCUCUUGUUUGUUUUUGUUGGAUUUUAGAAUAAAACUAUUAUGUUGUCAGUAUAGAUGACCUGUGCUUUGGUUUCCUUUGGAUAUUUUCUAGGCCUUUUAGGGCCUUUUUUGUAUGAACAGUGUAGAAUGACAUGUUGCUCGCACCUGUUAGUUCUGUCGGAAACCUGUGCAUGUUACAUUACAAUUGUAGUUAAUCUGAGCUGAACUAUUAGCUUGUUAGAUUUA